AUGGCAAUGGCCACCCCACCCACGCAGCAGCCUCCUUCCACCGGCGACGGCGCUCAGCUCACGAAGCCUGCCGACUGGGCCCUCUACAUGGUCUCCGCCUCACUCAUCCUCUCUAACGACACCACCCUGCCCACCACCUAUCCCACCCCCGACGCCUGCAAGCUCGCGCUUCUCACCGCCUUGAGCUGGCACGAAGCCCAUGACGCCUACAAAUGGCCCUACUUCCCUGCCCUGGGCUUCGACUUUACGCAGUCUAUGCGGCUUCGUCGAGCGCUUGUGAAUGAUACUUUCCUCGCGCUGCAGCGGAAUGGGAAUGUUCGUGUGGGCUUGUCGAAUGAGGAAGGCACGCCCGAGAGCGGAGGCAGCGUUAGAGGGGACGGAAGGAGGGUAGGCAGGGAUAAGGACCUCAAGAGGUGCGGGACCGGUGGUGGCAAGAGGACCGCCAAACGACGCUGCCCGUCGCGUCGCAUACCUACAGAGAGCGAGGACGAGGACGUUUACGAAAGCACGGACGCGGAGACGGGCAUCAUGGACAACGAUGAGUUCCUGGCCGACGUCGCGCGGGAGCUCAUCAGCUGCUCAGGCGUCGACGUCGGGGCGGUGAACCGUGGUUAUUACGGUACCAGGAAGGGUACCGUAGUUGUCGCUGAUGUUAUCCGCGACUCGCUCAUUGAGGUCCAGGAGCAGCAUAAGUCGCUCGAGGGAGAGCGGCCAGUGAAGGUGAGGGCAGCCACUUCCAGAGCCUCAGCACCGCAUUCCAGCGCAGAGCUGGGAGCACAUCAGGCUGGCGCAAAGAAGGAGCGAGCCAGCGUCGAAUAG